AUGGUACAACCUUUUCUUGGCCUGCGAGGCCGAAGCCUCCUGGUAGCCAACACCUGUUCUGCCGGGAUGGGGUUCGUCCUGUUCGGAUAUGAUGAUGGAGUCAUCGGCGGACUUUUGACUGCCCCGUCGUUCCAAGACGUAUUCAACCUGACCUCAUCCAUGCAAGGCACCGUCACCUCGUUAUUCCUCGUCGGCGCUUUCUUUGGUUCAUUGAUGACCUCUUUGAACAAUGACCGUCUAGGGCGUCUCCGGAUGACUCACAUAGGCAGUGUGGCUAUUGUUUUGGGCGCCAUCAUUCAAGCCAGCAGCUUUUCAACAGCACAACUCAUUGUGGGACGAAUUGUUGCCGGGUUUGGUCUGGGCAUCAUCGCCUCCAACGUUGUCAUCUGGCAAAGCGAGACUUCUCCCAAGGCUCAAAGAGGAGCGUUGAUUGCCGGCUCCCUCAGCUUUCUCCUUGUGGGCCAGGUGAUUGCAUACUGGAUGGACUAUGGAAUGAAUUCGUACACUGGCACUAUCGUGUGGCGCUUUCCGAUGGGCUUUCAGGCUCUUUUCGCCAUUCUCAUGAGCGUCAUGUUGUGUUUCAUGCCCGAGUCACCCAGAUGGCUCAUCAUGAACGAGCGCUACGAUGAAGCGAAAGAGGUCCUCCGUGCGUUGCGAUCGGCCAACCCCGAAGUCGAGAGUGUGGUGGCCUCCGAGAUGGCGGAAAUCCGAGAAGCCGUCGCAGUCGAACACAGCCAGAGGAGGAGGGGGUGGAUGGCACUUCUCCGCCACGAAGACCUGGUCGGUUCAAGGCGUCGGGUUAUCCUGGCAUGUUUGGUGAACUUUAUGCAGCCAUGGAGUGGCAGUACUCCUGUCAGCUAUUAUACCACUUACAUCUUCGAAGAAUCCGUGGGGUUCAGCCGCCACAUGUCCCUGCUCAUGUCGGGCUUUCUCCAGAUAUGGUUCCUGAUUGCUUCGGCAGGGACCUGGUGGUUCAUCGAGCGCGCCGGCCGGCGCCGAAUGUUCAUGAUCACUGGCACCGCCAUGGCAAUUGUCAUGGCGAUCUUGGCGGCCAUGAUUGCCAUCGAUACACACGCAUCCGGCAUAGUGGCUGCCGUCAUGCUCUUUGCCUACCAGGCGUUCUACACCUGGGGCUUCAUGGGAGGUGUCUGGUGCUACGGACCGGAGAUUCUUCCGUUAGACUUCCGUGGCCGAGGAUUGGGUUUGGCCAACAGCAUGCUCUGGAUCUGGAGCUUCGUGGUGGUUGAGAUUGUCCCGACCGCCAUUUCCAAUAUCGGUUGGAAGACCUACUUGAUCUUUUCUUGUUUCAACUUGGCAUUCGUCCCGUUGGUCUACUUUUUCUUCCCCGAAACCUCUGGCUUGACGCUUGAGUUGGUGGACCUCGCCUUCAUGGACCCUACGACCAACCCUGUCAAAAGGGCUUCGGAGCUGAGGAGGAUGAUUAAGGAGGGACAAGACUUGAAUCUCCGUGGCAAUACAGGAGAUGUUGGGGAAAAGUUCGAACUUUCAACAGAGCAAGUUGAAACGAGGUCGGAGACAAAUGCUGGAGUAUAG